CAUUAAAGUCUAAAAAAGAAGAAGAAGAGCAUUAAGUAAAAGAGUGAGACACAAAAGUUGAAGCUGAUCCGAACCUGAGGUCCGUGUCUAGAAACCGAGGCUCGGAGCUCACUGAGCCUCACGAAAAAAAGCCAAAGCAACCACACUCAAAAAAUAAUGGAACCCAAACCAAAGCUAGAGAGAGAAAACCAAACAGGGUUUUAGAGAGAGAGAGAGAGAGGGUUUUUAGAGAGAGAAAGGAACGACAGAUGGGUCAGAUCGUGAGGAGGAAGAAGAAAGGGCGUCCUUCUAAAGCAGAUCUAGCUCGCCGUUCCGGUCAGUCUCCGGUGACCUCUCAAUCGGACUUACGACGGAGCCGGCGGCGGCGAAAUGUGAGGUAUAAUAUAGACUACGAUGAUUACAUCGACGAGGAAGACGAGGAGGAAGAUGAAGACGAGAGAAGGAGAGAGAAGAAGAAGCUGAAGCUUGUGGAGAAGCUCAACCAGGGUGUAGAUGAGGAGGAAGAAGAUGAAGAUGAAGAGGACUCAUUACCCAGUCGCGGUAGGCCGCGUGUGGUACACGCACGCGCGGUUCAGUCUGAGAAACGAAAGUUUGGAAGGAAAAACGAUGAUGAUGAAGAAGAAUAUGAAGAGGAAAGGGAAGAGGAAGAAGAAGAAGAAGAAGUUGAAGAAGGGAAUGAUAAUGCAGAGGAACGUGAACAUGAAGAUAAAGGUGAAGAUGAAGGUGAAGGUGAAAGGGGUGAGGUAAAGGGUGUAAAAGUGGAUUCCAAAGGGCUCCACUCUGUUACAGGAACCCCUUUGAAGAUUCUGUCUGUGAUUCCGUUGCCGGAUAAGAGGACUCUUGAAUUGAUCCUUGACAAGCUUCAGAAGAAGGACACAUAUGGUGUGUAUGCAGAGCCAGUUGAUCCGGAAGAGCUUCCCGAUUAUCAUGAUGUGAUUGAUAAUCCUAUGGACUUUGCCACCGUGAGGAAUAAGUUGGCAAACGGAUCAUACACUACAUUGGAACAAUUUGAGAGUGAUGUAUUUUUGAUUUGCUCAAAUGCAAUGCAAUACAAUUCGUCCGACACGAUAUACCACAAACAGGCACGUUCAAUACAAGAACUAGCUAGAAAGAAGUUUGAGAAGUUAAGGAUCAACAUAGAACGCACUCAGAGUGAGCAGAAAUCUGAACAAAAAACAAGAUCCAAUUCCUUAGGUAAGAAUCUAGCAAAAAGGCCACUUGGUUAUGCUUCACAGGAACCUGUUGCCUCUGAUUUCUUCUCCGGUGCAACUCUUGCGACUACUGGAAAUGUACCGCCAAUUUCCCAUCCAAUGCAAGGUACCCUCUCUGAAAGGCCUAGCAACAUUGAUGGCCUUGUGGCGGGGAAUGCCUUCUUUAUCGAUGCAAAUCAAGAGAAAGCAGAAGACUUUAUGUUAGGGAAAGGCCUUCUCUCCAAGAUGGGAAGGAAAUCAUCUGUGCAAGAUUAUGAAAGGAAAUCCUAUGUACAAGAUUAUGAACGCCGUGCUACUUAUAAUACAUCUUAUUUAUCAGCUACUGGAUCUGAUUCAAUAUUUACGACAUUUGAGAGUGAAGUUAAGCAGUUAGUUACUGUUGGACUUCAGGCUGAGUAUUCCUAUGCCAGGAGUUUGGCUCGUUAUGCUGCAACUCUAGGACCUACUGCCUGGAAAAUAGCUUCUCAGAGGAUUCAACAGGCACUGCCAUCUGGCUGUAAAUUUGGCCGUGGUUGGGUUGGCGAAUACGAACCACUCCCAACCCCAGUAUUAAUGCUUGAUAACCGUGUCCAGAAACAUCAUAGUCUGCCAACAACGUUGCAGUCUACUACUAAAUUAACAAAGGCUGGUAAAGAUGGUAAAAAUUUAGAAUCUACCUUGGAACGUCCUGUAAAUGAACAGAUGCUUGAGGGAAAACAGCCUUCAAUUCGCCCUGGUAGUGGGUUAACAUCAGAAGCAAAAUCAUCUUUGUUUAGCUCUGCUGGAUUAACACCGAAUACGUCUACCAGCCUCACUCAUCAGCAACCAAAUGUCCAAACCAGGAACAUUGGAAAGUCUGAGAAUAAAGGUUUGAAACAAGUGGAGUUGAACUCUCUACCCUCAAGCGACCAGAACAGUGCUAGUUUAGUUGCAAAACUUAAAAGUAAUGCUCCUGCAGCUGUUUCUAAACCUAGAGAGAUGGUACCAAGUAGCAUGAGUAUUUUAACAUCUAUGCCUUUCAAGCAGCCAGAUGCUAACGGGGUAGUUAGUGGAGAGUUACCUAAUGGAACAGUCCGGAAUACUAGUUUCAAUAGACGGAUGACUGCUCCGCCAUCUGAAAGUACAUCAACUCAAACAGUCAGAUCAGCUCCCUUUGUUACCCAUGGGCAAGAGCAGAGUCUUAGCGACCCAGUUCAGAUGAUGAGGAUGUUAUCUGAAAAGGCUCAAAGGCAGCAGGCUUCUAGUUCAUCAAAUCAUCCCCCUACCGAAACUCCACAAGUUCAGAUGAUGCGGAUGUUAUCCGAGAAGGCUCAAAAGCAGCAGACUUCUAGUUCUUAUAAUCAUUCCCCUACUGAAACUCCACCAGUUCAGAUGAUGCGGAUGUUAUCCGAGAAGGCUCAGAAGCAGCAGGCUUCUAGUUCAUAUAAUCAUUCGACUGCCGAAACUACACCUGUUCAGAUGGUGCGGAUGUUAUCCGAGAAGGCUCAAAAGCAGCAGGCUUCUAGUUCAUCUAAUCAUCCUCCUACUGAAACUCCAUCAGUUCAGAUGAUGAGGAUGUUAUCUGAGAAUGCUCAAAAACCGCAGGCUUCUAGUUCUUCUAAUCAUUCCCCUACUGAAACUCCACCAAUAACUCCAAAUCCACCGGGACAGAGAGAAGACUUGAGCAAUGCUUCAGCAGCAGCUGCCCGUGCAUGGAUGUCUGUAGGAGCUGCUGGGUUUAAACAAGGACCUGAAAAUUCUAGUUCACCCAAAAGUCAGAUUUCUGCAGAGUCAUUGUACAACCCGGCCCGUGAGUACCAGCAGCAUAUUUCACGAAGUAGGGGCGAGUUUCCUUCUGGUGGAAUUCCUUUCCAGUCAGAGAAGAACUGUUUCCCGUUUCAGGCACUUGUACCUCAACAUCACGCAAUUUCACAGUUUUCAAACCGACCUAUGGUUUUCCGUCAACAAGUAGCCGCUUCCGACCUAUCAAGAUUUCAAAUGCAGCCGCCUUGGCAAGCUGUCCGACCUCAUAGUCAACCAAGACAGAAACAAGAAACACUUCCUCCUGACUUGAAUAUUGGUUUCCAGUCACCUGGGUCCCCUGCAAAACAAUCUUCUGGUGUGCUGGUUGACUCACAGCAACCUGACCUUGCUUUGCAGCUAUGACACAGCAUUCCAAUUCUGUUGUGCAUGUUUCUGCAAGAAUUUGACUGAUUGAAUUUCUGCUCCUGUCGUUGGAUGUUGAUUUCGAUUCAUAAAACUGAGGAAGAGGUUACUGCCUUGUCACUUUAGGAAGGGAUGAAAUGGAUACCAUGCCCCGAAGAAGAUUGUUAUCCCUUGGAUGCUAAUGUUAGGGAUCUUAAGUAGGAUUUGACACAAGGUAAAUCGACUGAGUUUCCUUUUAUUCAAAGACGUGUAGAUUUGUGAGGAAAUAGAUCUACGAUCUUUCCAUACUUUCCAGAUGAGUAUCACCGAGACGGUGCAGCCUGUAUUUGUACUAUCCUGGAGCUGAAAACCAAAAUAUCAUCGUGUCAAUUGGCUACGAUGAAGCGUUGCUUAUAUUCUUCAUUAGGUGGCAAAGUAUCCUGUUGAUGAUGCCUUGUACAUUCAAUACAAAUGGGUGAAAUCCAGUUGCCUAGAUUUUCAUUUCAUUAGAAGAUUACUUGUUUUUCUGAUUUGUGGAGAAGGCAUCACAUUAUAGUCCUUAAUGCUGUUAUUAUUAUUAUUAUUAUUAUUAUUCUGUACAUGAAAUGUUUAUUUGUCAUGAAUGCAAGAGCACAUUUGCUUUGUCUUGUUUCACCCAA